UUACACAGGCCACACACAGGCAUUGCAAGAUACAGGGGGCUGGGCUAAAGGGAAGGUCAUCAACCCUGAAGUUUUGUCACCGACGUCCAGCAGCGCAGCGUACCUUUCUUCUUUUUAACUAAAGUUUUUGUCAUGUGAAAUAUAUUAUUUAGGUGCAGAGGCGCGGCGUGGUUUCGUCUCUCCUAUGUUGUGGCAACAUUUAAAAUCGGUGGCCUUUAUGUGCGUCAACGUUUAGGCAGUGCGUCCCAUCCGAGACUACGAUGCGCAGCAAUAUUUUGAUCAGUUGCGUGCUUAUCAACAUUGGCAUUCAGUGGGGCUUCUUCGUGGUUUCCGCGGUGCUCCGGACCGAUCUUCUCUUCGAACUAGUCGGCUCGUGUACAUGUAUUCUGCUGGCACUGUUGAGCUACUUCUGGGGCAGCCGUUCCCUCCGACAGAGGAUCCAUACUUGGCUGGUCGUGCUGUGGGCAAUCAGGCUUGGUCUUUACCUCUUCACUCGCAAGCUAUGGCACAGCCAAGAUUCACGGGAGACUGCACCACCACGUCGACGGAAAUUUUUUCUCUUAUGGACGCUGCAAGCACUGCACACCUUGGUGACUCUCUUCCCCACACUUCUUCUGAACACGAGCAUGUGGGCCGACUUGCCACUGGGAGUACGUGACCUCGCUGGCUGGCUGCUGUGGCUGGUGGGUUUCGUCCUGGAGGCAGUGGCCGACCACCAGAAGGCCACCUUCCAAGCAGACCCCAAGAACCAGGGUCACUUUAUCCGGACAGGGCUGUGGAGUGUAUCACGGCACCCAAACUACUUUGGCGAGAUCCUGCUCUGGCUUGGCCUGUACCUGUCGGCCAGCUCUGUGUUUCGGCGGACUGAGUACCUAUGUGUGCUGUGCCCCAUAACAGACCUGCUGCUAAUCACCCGUGUCACUGGGGUGCCGAGGCUCGAGCAUGCUGCCUUUCGCAAGUGGGGUAAUGACCCUGCCUACCAUGAGUACCUGCGCUCAACUGCGGUGUUGGUGCCUUUCCUGUGGUAGCGAUUUCCAUGUUCCACCAUGUGACCACACCGAGAUACCUUGCACAGCUUGCCUCUUCACAGCAAGAUGUGUUAGAAGCCUACGAAUGAGAUCUUGGUGUCUGAAGGAUAUCAGCAUCAUGAGAAGCACAGAGUGCUUACAGGAGCUACUGCAAUGAAGAUCAACCAUGUUGCCAUGGCAGCCUGAAUACAGAGUGCCUUGGCUCCUUUUAUGUCUACACUAGGUGUUAGUGGCAGAUUUAGUGAUGACUCAAUAGCUUGCAAGAGCUAAGAAUGGGCCGUACACCCAGCUGGAGCAGCAGCUAAUUUCUGGCAUUCCUCAGCCAGCCACCCAUCUCAUAUCUGAAUAAAUAUUGAGCAGCUGGCUAUUCACUAUCCCCCUUAUAUCCCACUAUCCCCCUUAUCCCCCACAGAAACUCAUAGACAUGUCCAGCAGGGAUAGUGUCAUAGUUGCCCAGGGCACUAACAUGAUUGAGGCAAGAUAAUAAAGUGUUCUAUCUUUGCACAGCCCCGUAGAGGCCAGAUAAAAAAAGCAGCAAACAGUGAGUUGUCUGGUUGUCUGCACUCCCCAUGUAAACUAUUGUGUCGCCGUUUUAGCCAUCUGGUAAUCUUCACUAACCACCGAGAGCGGAGCACUGCUACUGAACGGAGCUCAUUAAGAUAAUCCUGCUUGACUGUGAAAAGGUUCUGCAGAAAAGCCGGCAGUCUGCACAGUAAUAUAGCACCCUUUGACAUCUGUAUUAUGUGUCUGUAGCCACAAGAGUAGCCCUGAAGUGCCUGAGUGAAUUUCUACAUGAGGUUAGCCUCAGCCAUAACCAUGUGCAUAAAUGCACAAGCAAGUCUUUGUAGCUUGCAGGCUCAACAGUGAGCGCACAAGUUAGCCAAAUGGCGCAGAGGACCAGUGCAGUGAUUAUAAUACCCAUUGUCAGUUGUGUUUCACUAGCUGAGACACAACAAAAAGGCAUGGCUAGCAUCAGUGUAAAACAUCCAUGUGACAAUGUUGACAGCCUUUAGCAUCUCUUGAAAUUUAACCACUAUUUUUUGCACAGCCUGAAAGGGACUUCUGUUAGAACAGCACUUUACAUGCUCCAAGCUAUUUGCUAGCUGGUUUGGCUUUUGUCAAGCAAUCUUUGCUCUUCCUGAAGUGCCCCAGGAAACAAAUGAACUUAUGCAUGUACAGAAACUGUAUAGAAAACAUAAUUAAAGUUCUUCCGACACACCA